CCAUCCUUGCUCUUGCCAGUCUGAUCUGCAGGAUGGCGGAGAUUAUUGUGUCUGUGCAACAUUAGAGAGUCUUCAUUUGCAGUUCUCCCCUUGUCUUCUGCCUCUGCUGUAUGUGUGGAAUUAAAAUAACAAGCAGAGCUGUGUGUGUAGAAGUGGGAUUGAAAGAGCAACGAGCUGGCUGACGGGGCUGUGCUGUGCCUUGCUGAAGCUCUUCAAUCCUUUUGAGUGGAUGAGCAAUUCAGUGCAUUAAUGGGACUGGGCUGGCAUGGUCACAUGGUCCCAGGGCUGCCUCUCCUCUCACUGCUGCUUUGCCUGCCUGAACACAGCCUGCUCCGCCAAGCUGGAGUACUGCAGGCCGGUAUUACCAUAUUCCACCGUGCUGGAGAUUUGGGAGAAACGUGCAGUAUGCAUCCUCUCCAUUCACUGAUAGCCUGAACCUGAGCCUUCUGCAGUUGUUUUUAUUAGCUUGCUCAUUUCCAAAGGAUUGCUUUAUUUUCUUAAGAAGCUGCCAGACCAUGUAUUCAUUCGAUGAAUUUGGCUGCAGACAGACGGCCCAGUUUGCAUGUUUUUGUGAACAGAGUAUCUGCCAGGCCAGGGCCUCCGUGAUGGUCUACGAUGAUACCAGCAAGAAAUGGGUGCCAAUUAAGCCGGGCCAGCAGGGAUUCAGCCGAAUCAACAUCUACCACAACACUGCCAACAACACUUUCCGCGUGGUGGGCGUGAAACUGCAGGACCAGCAGGUCGUUAUAAAUUAUUCAAUUGUUAAAGGACUGAAGUACAACCAGGCCACACCCACCUUCCACCAGUGGCGCGAUGCCCGGCAGGUCUAUGGGCUAAACUUCGCCAGCAAGGAGGAAGCCACCACCUUCUCCAACGCCAUGCUCUUCGCCCUGAACGUGCUGUCACAGGAUGCAGGUCCAGCUGUCCAGCGCCAGGUACAGAAUGGGCCAUCUGCAGAUGACAUGGACAUGCAGAGAAGGCAGAUGAUGGAGCAGCAGCAGCUACAGGCACAGAUAGAGAGGGAUCGAAGGGCAUCCACCUCAGUUUCCACCCUUCAGAUCAAAGUGUCUCCCUCCUCUUCUCGGUCUCAGUCCCCCCCUCCUGAAUAUAGUCACUGUCGAGCGGGGGCCAUGCCUCCCCCCUCCUACGCCAAGGUUACCUCCUCUUCCCCCUCCUCUCGGGACGGCGAAGGAGGCUGUGCCUCCUUGCAGGCAGAUGGGACCUCUGACUCUCCCCAGAGAAAAAAACCCGUUGCCUCACAGCUUUCAACAUCCCUUGCCUCUGCUUUUUCCCCAGUGCAGCCUGGAGUAGGGACAUUGUCCCGAAAUGUCCGCCAGAUCCCCAUCUCUCCCCCGCUGGCAGCUUCCCAGGCCCCUUUGCUUCCCCCCAAGUCUGGUGCAUGGUCCUCCCCACAUAUGUUCUCGCCUCUGCCCCCCUCACCCCCUGUGGUGAUGGCUCUAGCCCCUUUGAAGCAGGUCUGCCCCCAGCCUAUGCUCCCUGUUGCCCAUCCCUUGCUGCCUGUUCACAAUGGCCGGGGCAAAGGACCUGCAGACCUUUCAUUGUUUCAGCAUGGGGCAGAGUACUCCAGUGAUCACCUGGAAGAUUAUUGCCUUAACCAACACCAGAUGCAUUGUUCUUCUGGCUCCGCCUCCCAUCCUGUCCUCUACAAACAUCCUGAUGGCUCAUUCGCUCCAUGUUAUGAGUCACACCCCCUGCCCACUCUGAUUGGUCACCCAGUUACAGGCCCCACCCACCAGUCCCAAUUCCCAUCUUACCACCUGCAACAGCUGUACCCGUCUGUCCCCCCUAUCAGCUCCUCACCCCCCUCUUACACUGCUCUGUCCGAAGGGACUCUGCCCAAGAAGACCCCCCCUUCUCCUUCUCAGGCUGCCGUACCCCACUCCAGUCCUCCCCUCCCGCCUGGGCAUCCUUCUUCAGUGCUCUCUGUAGCUCCUCCCACGGCAGCCCCAGCCUCUGGGGGAGGUCCGCCUCCUCCCCCGCCUCCUCCUGGGCCCCCUCCCCCCUCCGCUGGGGCUCCUCCCCCUCCGCCUCCGCUGCCGGCUGGUGGAGGUUCUGGCGGGGCAGGAGACGAGAGCCCGGGUUCAGGGCUGGCAGCGGCACUGGCGGGAGCCAAACUGCGCAAAGUGCAACGAUCUGAAGACGCGUCAGGAGGCACCAGCCCCGGUGGUGCAGCGAAGAACGAUGCCAACCGGACGAGUGGAGGAGGGGGGCUGAUGCAGGAGAUGAAUGCCCUGCUGGCACGAAGGUUAGAAAGGAAAGCGGCUACACAGACAGAGAAAUCCAGUGACAAGAAAGAGGAAGAAAGCCAAAACGAGGAUUCCAGCCUGUCUCCAUCACCUGUCACCCGUGGGCCAGGACAGCAGAACUCCACAGAUCCUCUGAAAAAGCCAUGGGAUCGAGCCAAUUCUGCAGACAAGUCUUCAUUGGUAUCAAGAAGUCCAUUGGCGCUGAAGAGUCCUGAAGUUAAGAGCAACUCACACCCAUUAAGUACUAGGGUGAAACCUGUCGGCAGCACCAACGACAUGCCCGCAGAUGCCUUAGACUUUGACAGAAUGAAGCAGGAAAUAUUGGAGGAAGUUGUACGUGAAUUGCACAAGGUGAAGGAUGAGAUAAUUGAUGCCAUUAGACAAGAACUUAGUAGAAUUAGUACAACAUAAUAUCGGCAAACACAUAUGAGACAGCAGGAAGCAUGCUGCGUUCUGAGGGAAGUAGUGACGGAGAGGAGGAGGAAGAGUGAGGCGAAGAAGACCACGCCAGAGGACACCCGCACUGAUAUGUCUGCAUUACCGACCUUUUCUUCUCUGUAAAUUUAGAGACUCAGCCCAGAUUGCAGCCUGCUGCUUUCAGUCUACAUAAUGUUAAAAGUCUUAAGUUUGGAAGAAAUUGAAAUUACAGAUUUGUUUUCUAGGAUUUUUUGUUUUACUUUGUUUAUAAUUAUUAUAAUAUAUUAUUUUUCAAACAAACAUUGCACACCAUUUUAUGUCAGUCUUUUAUAUUUUAUAUUGGUAUUAUUAUUUUAUUUCUUGGGUUGUUAAAGAUACGAUGAUAAGUAAAUACACAAUUUGCAUUAUAGUUACAUGACCUCUGCAUCAUUUUUUAUGUUUAAGAGUUUUUAUCCUUUGCCAACACAGAUGAUGUUUGAAAUCACUGAAAAAAAAAAAGUUUGAACCUGAACUAGUUGUGGAAGAAUAGAAACUGUUGCUCUUUAAAAUAUUGCAACCUUAUAAACAGUACAUCAAUACACCACAGUAUUUGUGAUCAUGUUGUUAAUAAAAAUGUUUAUUGACUGCAAGGAUUUGGUGAAGUAUUGUUCAUUUUAUUUCCCUUUUUGACCAAGUGCUUCCUGGUUUAAAAAAAUACACUGAGUUUUAAAUCCAUUUAAAUAAAACUGUGAACAAUGUAUUUGUUGUACGAAGUUUUUGUUGAAAGAGGUUAAAAAUGUUACAUUCUGGUCUUUAGGUUGUUUAGUUUUCACAUGUCUUCUCAGUACUUUCAUCUGAUGGUCACUUGAUUUACAGCUGGAUUAAAGCAACUGCUGCUUCACCUGAUCUGGUCAGUGCAGUGCGCUUUGAAAAUGUCAUAUUCCUCCCUUACAGCAUUAUAUAAACACAUACCAUCUAUUUUUGGUUUCCUUACUUCCAUUAAUUCUACAGUGCAUGGACAAUAUCCUGUGCCAUUUUGGGGUUGCUUGUUCGUAAAAGGUAAAUAUUUAACCUGGAGGUGUGAACAUUGCAGAAUGAAUUGAGAACACAAAUAUGGUAUGUGUGGUAGUACCUGACAGCGUUUAGCCUUUAAAAACAAACUUUCCUGUGUUUGUUCAGUGUGCUGACUUAAAUGCACAGGCGGUUAAUCUCGUUUGAUUUUGUGCUAUUGGUUGAGUGGAAAGCUGCGCUUUCCUUUAUUUUGGAAAAGUGUGGAUCACCAUACAAAUAAUUGUAUCUAACAAAUGCAGUUUGUUAUAUAAAAUGCUGUCAUAUCCAUCAUUUAAAACGGGAUAUAAGUAAGCAUUAAACAAACCUGUCCUGUGACUACAGCAGAUGGUGACUUUAAAAGUGGGAAGUCAGUAAUUCUCUAAAUCCAGACCCUCAAGACUAAUAGACCAGUAGUUUCUCUAGGUCUUCAUUGUUCAAUCUUCAUUGAACUCUCAGGAAGAUUGUUAAAUUAGAUCUCCUACACAGGUUUAAGCUGUUGAUGAUUAAGCUGCUUCUCUGUUGACUCAGGGAGAUGGAUUGGAAGCCCUGCCCUAGAAUGUUUUUGAGUUUGUGCAUAAAUAUAUGCCAAAAACCUACAGUAAUUAGUUCAAAUUUACUGCACCUAAUCAACGAGAACAGUCCUGUGAAAAACCCUCAUGAUGUGUCUGAAAUUAGGUCGCAGAUAUUGUCAUGUAUCCUCAUAUAGGAAACAGCUUACAGCUACAUAGAUCGAGCCAUAUUGAAGUUAUGACUCUGAAAUCCACCUGACUACUUUCAAUUUCCAGAUUUAAAAAAACAAGAUAUCUGCCAUGGUAUAUUCACCAGGUAAUCUAUGGUUGGCCAGAUAAUGUGUUUUUAGAUCAAGACUGCAUGUGUCAGAUUGGUAAAAUCACUGGGUCCUAUAGUUAAAAAUAGUAUGGUAAAAUCACUAUUGUUUCCAAUAGGGUUGUAAGCAUUUUGAAUGUAAAACAUCUUCUAUAAUUGAAUAUGGAGCAAAUCAAAACU